AUGCUAUUAUCUUCAUCCGAGUGCAUCACCUGGUUUGCUGUAUUCCUUACCGUGUGCGUUGCUAUAGUAACAGUGAACCUUAUAUCAAUCAUUAUUUUUAUAAAAAACCGCAGUCUUCGCACUCGUGCCAUGUACCUAGUUAUAAACCUGACCGUAGCUGAUAUGUUGGUCGGAGGAUUUUCUCACUUUUUUCUAUUUCAACAAUUCCCACUAUUCUCAUGCGUUAUUGUGAAAGUGAACUUAAGCCAGGAAAUGAAGGGGAUAAUUUUAUUUCUUACCAUCUGGUUUCCUCUGACCUCUCUAACAAACAUUGCAGUCAUUUCAUUAGAUCGGAUGCAUGCAACAAUUCGUCCCUUCAGGCAUCGCCUCAUCAAAAAGUGGAUCUACUGGGUAACAAUUGCUGGUGUCUGGGUUUUAACUGCAAUGUUGGCUGCGGACCAGUUAAUAACAAAAUGGUUUAAACAUGUAUUGAUAUCAUACUGUUGUUUGUGUUUAUUUGUUAUCUGUGUUUCUUACUCUUCCAUUGUUGUUAAAUUUUUGUGUGGAGCGCAUCCCCAGCACCAUGGUGCAGCCAACAGACAAAAGAAACUGACCGUAACAUUAUUCAUAAUGACUAUCGUAUCCUUACUGAUGUGGCUGCCAUAUGCGGUUAAUUUUUUUCUUCAAUCUAGUAUCAAAAAAUUCCUUUCUCGCCGGGAAUCAAAACGUUUGGAGUUUUCUUUAAUCAUUCUUUUGUUUGUGUACUCGCUUGUUAAUCCCAUCGUUUACACAAUCAGAAUUCCAGAGUUCAGGAAAGCUCUUCUGCUGUUAUUUAAACGUCAACGAAGACAAAAUGCCCGAGAUAUUCCUCUUCAUGCGCUUUAA